AUGGCCAUUUCAUACGCAAGUGGGAUUCCAGCCGAACACACACAGGCUCUGCCGUCCUUUCGAGAGUUGCUCCCAGCUCACCUCCAUGACGAAAUCGAGUCGACUUCAUACUUCACCUCACGCCAACAUGCCCGCGAGCGUCCGGCGUCAGCCGUCCACGAACUGACGUCCAACCCCCGCCCAUUGUCGGACCGUUUCCCCUACGGAUCGCCUUCCAAAAUGCCAUUGGACUACGGUAUCCGGACCCCCGAACCGCUCUCCAGAGACCACGGACCCGUCCCCAGCCUGAUGCCAGGCAACCCGUCGGAACCGUCAACGCCCCGGUUUGCGUCCCGCGGGCCCAGUCCGAUCUUGCCAUCAAUCCGCGACCUUCAAUCUUUCCCUGACCGAGGAAUUAAUACUGCGGCGGCUCCGUUCCCGGAUUCGAGGGGCCUCGCGCGACCAGAGUUUGCGGCGCAGGAGUUCAGGGCUGGACCCAUCGGUUCUUCGCACGGGUUUCCCGCGGCCAACAUGGGAGGCGCAAUCGGUGAUCGGAGGAGCAUGGAUGCGUACAUGGGAAGUGCGCCCUCGGUGAUGCCCAAUCAGACGGCGUAUCCUUAUCCCGCGAUGGCCUAUCAAAGCGAUUCCGAACAAGCCUCGCCGCAGUCUCUCUCGCACGCCCAGCAAUCCAACUUCGGCAUUCUCGGCGACUCAAUCGACCCCAAGAACAAGCGCAGACGCGGCAACCUGCCCAAGCCGGUGACCGACAUCCUGCGUGCCUGGUUUCAUGAGCAUCUCGACCACCCGUAUCCCAGCGAGGAGGACAAGCAGAUGUUCAUGACUCGCACCGGGCUCACGAUCAGCCAGAUCAGCAAUUGGUUCAUCAACGCAAGAAGACGUCAACUCCCCGCUCUGCGAAACCAGAUGCGAAACGGCGGCAGCGAGAUCGACUCCCAACGGCAGUCGCCCUUCAGUGAUAUGGAACAGACAUCUCCCGAAUCCAUGCCGUCUCCUAACCAGGUUUCCAAGUCAUAG